UGAGUUCUUAAAGUACCGAGUGGGAAUUUUACCCACUUACCCGAGCAGUAGCAACAUUCACCUUUCUUUCCUUCGGGAAAUCUCUUCGCUUUACAACUGUAAAAUCUUCCGGGAUGCUGGCAAAUCCAACUUUACCGGCCAAUCCAACCUCGCCCACGAGCGGCCAGAGGGCCGAGGAGGCCGCCGGCGAUGGUGGGUCGGCGUCAGUUGGGCUUGAGGAGGAGGAGAGAGCCGGGCUGGAGCAGGGUUACCGGAACUGGGCCGGUAACCGGUGGCCGCGGCAGGAGACGCUGGCUCUGCUGAAGAUAAGGUCAGAUAUGGACGCGGAGUUCAAGGCCGCCACCGCCAAAAUGCCUCUGUGGGAAGAGGUUUCAGGGAAAAUGGGAGAGGCUGGAUAUAGCAGAGACGCGAAAAAGUGCAAGGAGAAAUUUGAGAACAUAUACAAGUACCACAGAAGAACUAAAGAAACGCGGAGCGGUCGAACGGCUGGCAAGACAUACAAGUUUUUUGAGCAAUUAGAGGCCAUAGAGCACCACCAUUUUGAGCAUCUUCCUUCUGCUGAAACAGCUCAGGCUUCUGCAGCUGGAGUAACAGUUACGGGCCCAAAGGAUGGUGGUUCAAAUGCAGUCCCUUGUUCGUCGGUUCAACACCAGCUCUCGAGUUUUGUUGACAACUCGACUCCCACCACAUCGUGUUCAAGUAAAGAGUCUGAAGGCACGCACAAGAAGAAGAGGAGGGUUACUGAGUUCUUUGAGAAUUUGAUGAAGCAAGUGAUUGACAAGCAAGAGAAUUUGCAGACCACAUUUGUAGAGGUGCUGGACAAGUAUGAACAAGACAGGAUUGCGAGAGAAGAGGCGUGGAAGAUGCAAGAAGUGGCUCGGAUUGAGAGAGAAAGAGAGAUCCUAGCUCAAGAGAGGUCUGUUGCAGCUGCAAAGGAUGCUGCUGUUCUUGCAUUUUUGCAAAAGUUUUCAGAACAAGCAGCCUCAGUGAAUGUGCCGGGUCAAGCAUGCUUAGUUCAAUUUCCAAAUCAACCCUCCCCCAUGCAGCUUCCCUUGCAAGCAUGCUCUAUGCAAUCACCAAACCAACCAUCCUUGGUGCAAUUGCCAAUCCAAGUUCAAAUGCCUGAUAACUCAGACAUGGCCAACACAACAACUGAUAAGCAGAGAAAGGAUGAGGAUUGGGAGCUUAUGCGUGUCAGUAUGGAAAGACCAGACAACAAUAAUGUGAGAAGUGGUACGCCUAUUAGUUCUUCACGGUGGCCUAGAGAAGAAGUUUCAGAUUUGAUUAGGCUGAGAUCUAAUUAUGAUUUGCAAUAUCAAGAAAAUGGAUAUAAAGGGCAUUUGUGGGAUGAGAUUUCAGCGUCCAUGAAAAAGCUUGGUUAUGACCGCAAUGCCAAGAGGUGUAAGGAGAAGUGGGAGAACAUAAACAAGUACUACAGAAGAUUGAAGGAAAGCAACAAGAAAAGGCCCCAGGAUUCAAAGACAUGUGCUUAUGUUGAGUUGCUCGAUGUUUUGUACAACAAGACUAGUAAGGGUGAAAAUCAAGUGGAUAAUAAUUAAGAUUUGAGGCCUGAGGUGCUAUUGAUGCAUAUGAUGGCUGGGCAAGAAGAGCAGCAACAACCUGGAUUAGCUACUCCGAAUGGUAGUAGUGAGAAUAUUGAGAAGAUUCAAAAGGAUAAAGGAAGCAGAGAGGGAGUGGGUGAUGCAGCUGAAGAUGGUUAUCGGGUUGUAGCUGUUAAUCCUUCUCCAAUGGAACAAGAUAAUCCUUCAAUGGCAAUUAUGAGCUGAGGUUAAGUGUGUUGGCUUAAGUUGGUGUGUCUUGUUUCCGAAGUGAGUCGGCUUCCAAUAUCCUCUAAUUACCAUGUGGUUGUUGUUCAAAUGUAGUUUUGCGAACUGUUGAGACGCUUGUUUUGUUUUAGCUCAGUGUAAAAUGGGAUCUAGGAAGAAAUCUAUACUUCAUUGUUUGUUUGAAUAGAAGAUGGUAGAGGCUAGUUCGAGAGAGAAUAAAGGAGGGAUUGUAGUAUGUAGUUGACUGCUAUGUGGUUUUGGAUAGUGGUUUAUUCCCUGUUUGUAAAAUUAUGAAUCUGAAACAUCAAAAUCUAUCGUUCUCUUAUUGUU